GGCGAUUCCAAUUACCGUUCGGCUGGCCAACAGAUUGAUCAGACUAUGCAUGUUAAGAGAAUUACAAGCCUUGGUGGUGCUGGCGCGUCUACUACUGGCCCUGCGCCUCGUCGUGCGCCUAGACCUCAGCCAAAGGGCCUCAGGGCCAGGUACCAGCCCUUUGGCGUGAACACUCCGAUGGGCAAUAUUGGAGCAGAUACGCCUGAGGAUGAAGAUGUCGAGAUGGAGGAGGCACCCCAGACGGUGGCGACUCCAAAAGCAGCCAAGAAGUCAAAGAGCAAAGAUACGAAGAAGGGCACCGAUGAAGCCGCCAAAGCCGACCGCAAAGGCAAGAGAAAGCACAAUGUUUCAGAAGAUGAUGCCUCGGCCGCUGCACAGCAGCUAGCAGAGGAGAAUAAGUCUGCAGAGACAAAACCCAAGAAACAGAAGGUGGCUCGGGCCUCUAGUCCUGAUCUUGGAACAGAACUGCCCACGCUCAGCAAGAAACAGACACCAAUUGUACCACCAGCUAUCCCCUCAUCAGCAUUCUCAUCAUCAGCUACCACUAUUGCCACUCCUUCAAAACCAGCAGCUGCCACUCCUAGCGCAGUGAAGAAGUCUUCCAAGAAGGCGAAGCCUGAGACUCCUGUCCCUGCGCCGCGGCAAACGGCUGUUCCACUUCCCAACAUCCCGCUUACUUCCCGACCCAAGGAAUCUCCAGUUCCCCUCCCGCCGUCCUCUAGCCUCGCAGCUUCAACGCCUCUGAAGUCAAAAAGCAAGAAGAGCAAGAAGAGCAAGGACGAGGUAACCGCCACCGGGUCUUCACAACAGAGCCCCCCACCAAGUGCUCAGGGUGGCGAUAAGAAAAAGUCUGGCCGCAAAGCCGGCAAUAUGGGCUAGAGCCCCAGAUCGUUCAGGUGGCUUUGAGACGCAGCUAGCUAUGGCCUGCGUCUCAAAAGAUGUACGGCUAUGGUAAUCACAUUCAUAGCGGUACCUAAACGAGCAUGGGAUGGAAUCGAUGUAUUUCAACUUGACACAGGAACUAUGCGGUUCAUGAAGCAUUGCUUGCAGGUGGAUGAUUUCUACCAGCUCUGGAUUGCAUGGAAUCAGAGCUUUGUCAUGAUUAGGGGAUAUUGGCGUUCAGGGGAAAGCUGUUUGCUUUGCUAUCAAAAAUAAAAAGGAGAGAGAGGAUGGGGAUGCGCGGUUGUAGAUAGAGGACGAGGCCUGGAUAUUGGAGAGAAGGAUAUUUAGGGAGCUUGUGCUGAGAAGUUACUCAUAGUACCUUUCACAUAUUAAUACUACUAUCUAGUACUACUA